GCGCUGUCCGGGCCGAUGGGCCCCGCCGCGCCCGAUGCCGCGCACGGGGCCCCGCCCCUGCGGACGGCGAAGGGCAGUGGCGCUGCCCAAUCAAGCGCUGCUGCGCCAUGCGCGCUGGGAGCCGGGGGCGGGGCCGGUGGUGUCGGAGAGGCGGCGGCGAUGGCAAGCCAGGGGGAGCGGGCGGUGCUGGAAGAAGAAUUUAAAUGGCUUUUACAAGAAGAUGUCCAUGCUGUUUUGAGACAGCUGCAGGAUAUUUUGAAGGAGGCCUCCCACCGCUUUGCCUUGCCCACCAGUGGCUCAGGAGGAGCUGUCAGGCAGGAGAACUUUGUAUUAAGCACAUCAGGAACAGACCAGGUGAAAGGUGUGAUGACGCUGCAGGGAGAUGCACUGUGUCAAGCUGAUGUUAAUCUGAAAAUGCCCAGAAACAAUCAGCUCCUGCAUUUUGCAUUCCGGGAAGACAAGCAGUGGAAAUUGCAGCAGAUCCAGGAUGCUAGAAACCAUGUGAACCAAGCAAUUUACCUGCUUAUGAACAGAGAUGUGAACUACCAGUUCAAAACAGGCUUGGAGGUGCUUAAGCUUAUGGAUGCUGUGAUGUUGCAGCUCUCCAGAGCCCGAAAUCGGCUGACCACUCCUGCCACUCUGACACUACCAGAAAUUGCCUCCAGUGGUCUCACAAAAAUGUUCACCCCUGCGCUGCCUCCAGACAUCCUUGUGAAUUUCUAUAUUAACCUGAACAAGCUGUGUCUCACUGUCUACCAACUCCACAUGCUGCAGCCCAGCACAACCAAGAACUUCAAGCCUACUGGAGGGUCUGUUUUGCACAACCCUGGCGCCAUGUUUGAGUUUGGCAGUCAGCGAUAUGAAGUCAGCCAUGUCCAUAAAGUGGAAUGUGUUGUCCCAUGGUUAAACGAUGCCCUUGUCUUCUUCACAGUUUCACUGCAGCUUUGCCAGCAACUGAAGGACAAGAUCUCUGUUUUCUCCAGUUACUGGAACUACAGGCCAUAUUAAUUCUCUGUGGAAUGGUCUAAGCCCUUACAGUACUUCCAGUGUCUCUCUCUGUUCUCUCACGCCAGCUGAGUCCAGGUCAGCCUGAGGAGUGCUGGGUUUCACUGCCAGAUGCCCUGCACAGGGCAGGGUCAGUGUACCCAGAGACACAGCUUGUAGCCUUGUCUGGGAUUGCUGCAUAAACAGGGCACCAAGUAGUGCUGGGUGGUUGGCAGGAGCUUCCAUUGGUCGCUCUUGUGCAUUAUGUGGCUCACACUUCCCUAUCUCCUGAUGAGUUACACAGGUCUGCUAAAAGGGAUAGGUGCUCUGGAGCACCCUCACUAACUAGAUUUGUGCUGCAUUGUGCUGUAACUAACUCCUUCACUUGUAAAGUGGCUAGGAAGGGGGGAAAACAGACUAACUUAACACACUUGUUAAAAGGUAGGGCAUGUUGCUCCAUGUAGUGAAAUAUGUUUCUCUUACCUGGUCCAGCUGUGCUUAUAACUAACCCUGAGUGACUCCCUCCCCUGCCUGUUUUGCUCAUCCCCAUGUUACUGAUUCCCCUUUGGGGAUGCUCUUACUUGCUGUUGUUUGAAUUAUUUCCCCCAUCAUCCAGCAUCAAUGUGAUAAUUAUUUUUCCCUAAGCCCUAGUUGGGCCAGUUGGUUUUUUUCUAGGUUUAAUAUCUUGUUUUCACCACCAGCCUUUGGAGUUGCCUUGGUGUACCUUGUGCAGUCUUUCAUCUUGUCAUUAAAUGCAAAGUGAGUACCACAUUGCUGCUAUGAUUUGCUGCCUAUGGAUGCUACAAUGUAUAACUCAUCCCUUUAGCCACUGCUAACCAUGAAAUAAAGACCCUAAAUAUCUGCAUUGCUCCUGUGGGCUGUGAAAGAAUGAGUAUCUGAUAUUCU